UUCAUCUUGUAAUUGUGCGAGUGUUUUAUGCAACCAUCAUCAAAAGAAUCUCCCAGCAGCAAAGUUUAUAACACAAAAUCAGUCGCGGCUGUAUUCCAGCAAAACUUGAAAGAUCAGGAGGCCCCUUAGCCAGCGGGUGCAGGCUGCAACCUCCUCCUCAACCUUUCACCCGUCAUGCCGUGGGAACCCCCUUCGUUCGCUGGCUGAUCGCUAAGGAACGGCGUGAACCUGUGAAAGCAGUUCAUGUUAUUCCGAAUCGCACAGAAAGAAAAACGUUAUAAAAAUAUCUUUUUAACUUCUCAUGUUGGAAUUCGGGCAUAGCUUCGACGUAAGCAUCAUGGUCCUUUCCAACAGUGUUCCCGAUGGAGGCGAAGCUGUCAAACGCGCCGGUUUCCGUGGUGCCGCCGCACGUCAGAAACUGAUGGUUGCUGAUGCACACCGAGUUGUGCUGCAAAAGCAGCUGUCCCAGCAUCUUCGUCAAGUCUUCGUGGAAAUGCGCGGGGAAAUCAGAUUUGCAAAGGUCGUUUGUUGGACCCGGAUCGAAACGGCCAGACAAAAUGCCGGGGGAUACGAGUCACACGCCUGGCAGUACCCUAGAAUCGUCCUUAACCGAACAAAACUUGUGAAGGAUCCGCACGUAUGGAACGCGUUGAUAAGCAGUGCAGAGAACCGAUCCCCCAUGGACGGGACUCCGGAGGACGCGGACGUCCCGCCGGAUUACGGAGCGGCGACGGGACCCGCCCCGACCGUCUCCCAGCCGGCCAGUGGUCUGCAGGCGGCGGAUUUCCUGCCGCGGAUGACGAGGGAGGACGGCCAUGGCCACCGUCCCGAGUACGAGCCGUUUGGCGUCCUGGUGGAGCGCGCCAACGGCUACCUGCGCGACCAUCCCCGCUGCACCGUCAAUACCUGCGAGAGCGUCGAAUUCCACGUCAACCAGCGGGGUCAAGGACAGAACAUGGGGACGGUGGAGUCGGUGUUCACGGCGUACGGGGAAGCGCCCAACCGGUACAUCCGGGGUCUGCGCUUGUGGACGCAGCAGCCGAAUGCAGUGCCGAUGAGUGACACCGCGCCGGAGCAGCUCGGAUAUCUAAACUUCCUUCCCGACAUCCAGUGCGAUGAAACAGUGCAGCGACUGGACGACGUCCUGCUGCGGAUCAAUCGUACUCUGAUCAAAGGCACAAUCAUCACGGUGGAGACCUUGCCGAUUAAGCGGGGCAGCAAGGCGUUGGACCCCGAUCGCACCAACUGGACGGAGCGGGGUUUCGCCAGUCAGCGCUUCGUUCACCUUAUCCGCAUCUUUUACAUCCGCGGUCCCGGUGGCGAUGUCCAGGUCGGAUUCCAGGAUUUUGUGCCACAGAUGCUGGAGAAAGAAGGCUUCUUCACCUAUCCCCGCAUGGAAUGCUUUCCCGUGGUGUUGCAGCGUGUCCAGCAGUGGCUGGUGACGGUGCCGCCCAACUACCGUCUGGUUAACGUGCAGACGGUCAUGUUCCGCUGGAGCUACAUCAAGGGCAUCGACACCAACGUUAUGGCGUACCAUGAGCGCAAGACAUACCUUAAUUAUCUCCGCUUUCUGCGGGUAGCUUUCGUCAUCGAGAGCGCGGCCGACGGUCCCGCGUCCUUUCCAACUAUCCAACUGCGCUCCAAACUGCUCAUCCCGGAGAUGAGAAAACAGCCGGGUUUCUUCGCCAAGGGCGUCUUUGAAACGCAAGCAGCGUGUCGCCGGCGUGCGGAUCAGUGGGUGCGGGCGGCGGAAGUACGCAUCGUCUGCGCGGAGACGCUGGUGAUGCGCAACGCGCAUGGUGGCGAGUCGGUGUACGGCUUCGACGCCAUGCACACGUGGAACGACACCUACAUCACCAGCACGCCGUCCACCGAGCGGGACGAUGAACGCUUCGCGUAUCUAUACCGGAUCUACACGGACGGCAUGGAUCGGCCGGAAUUGGUCGGGACGCGACAGGAUUCCCGGUUAGAGAACUACACACGGCAAACGGGCAGCGGCGAAGGUUGUGUGAUUGCAUGACCGCGUCGCGUCAACCCAUCCUGGAUUCUUGUGAAUAGCUACAGCUCUGUAUCAUAAGUGCUUUCAUCAAGUUGUUCGCCAGCUGAAUCUGUAGUUUAUUUGGCUUUUUCAGCGUGUGUUAUUUGUCUGAGAUUAUCCCAGGUGUGAUGCAAUCGCGCCGUUAGUGUGUUUGCUGCACUGCAUUUAAACUUUCGCCCACUUGAGUUCGCCAUAUCUUGGCAACCGGAUGUUACGCGCGCAAACGGUUUUCAGAACAAUGUAUACAAAUCAA